AUGCAAGUCUUGCGGAACGUGAGGGCCCUGCGCAGACAGGUCGCGACUGGCGAGCCACGCUGGGAGACCUUGGAGCAGUACAAUCUCCGCCAGAAGGAGUUUACGUCUGCUGGGUCUGUCGACACUAUGUGGAUGUCAGUGGCGCGAAGCACUUCGGGACUCGCCGAGACUGUCUCGGAGAUAGUCCCAGUCCCUGGAAUCAGGCGCCGACUCGGACAGGUUGCGAGGAGUUCUUCGUUCGCGGUCAUGUCUAUACUCGUCACGAUCUUGCAGGUCGUAUGGGUUGCGAUAGACACCGACCGCAAUCACAAUGUGAAUGUAUGGGACAAGCCGCCGUUCGACCAAGCCGUCGACCUUUCUUUCUUGAUGUACUUCGCGAUCGAUUUGAUCAUGGUAUCCUGUACGUUCAAAUCCUUGCGGGCAUGCUUCUCGAGCUUACCGUGGUGUUUUGACGCUAUAUGUGUAUCUGGGUCCACGCUUGAGGUCCUCAUCUUUCCGGCACUCGCAGUGCUCUUCGACCGACGGCGAGAUUGGGCUGGCUUCGGAGCACUCCGAGCCCUCCGGCUUGCCAAGGUUGCCCGAAUAUGGCGUGUAUUGACUUGUAGUUCGGACGCAACGCCGUUCUUCAAAGGUCUUCUUUUCGGCGUGCGAUCCGCUGGCUUCAUCUGGGCCAUCAUUCUGGCCAUGACAUACGUGUUUGCCGUGCUGAUGAGGCUGUACGCCGACGACGCUAUCAGAGACGUGUACGACGAGUUCAACUAUUUGGAUACCACUUUCCUGCUUCUAAUCGUGCGAGGCCUCAUGAUGGACGAGGUGGGGGUCCUGAUGCUCGACCUGUGGAGACAGGACAAGACAUCGUGGCUGAUCUUCACGAUCUACACCUGGUUCACCUUCUUCAGUCUGUUGAACAUGCUGGUCGGAACCUUUUGCACGGUGGCCGGGGAUGUGUCUGCCGCCGAGAAGGACUCCGCGGACAUGGCCUACUUGAAACACCAUUUAUCGAGUAUCGUGGAGUGUUACGUACAUCAUGGACUUAUCGGGAGAAAUGAGUUUGACCUCAUAAUGAAGAACGUUGACGUUUCGCGCAUUUGCUCCCAGCGUGGGACGGACCUGUCCGAGCUGGACGCGCUGAAGGCUACGCUGUUCCACGAUCAGGAUCACAUCGAGUUCAACACUUUCUUCCAGGCGAUUACGCAUUUGCGCAAGGGGAAGCUCGCCACCGUGAAGGACAUCAUGCAGAUGCAGGAUACGCUGUCGGACAAGAUGGACCGGCUGGGGAGGACGGUCCGGGAGAGCCGCUCGGAGCCGAGAG